AAAAAAGAGUGUUUAUCCGCUACUCGGCGUCGCAGUUGUUGGACGCUAACUUCACUUUUCAGCACCGAUCUUCAGUGUAUCUCUGUGAACCGGACACUUGCGAAGCGUUUGAAAAAGAUUGCAUAAGCCAUGAUCUGAAGUCUGCAUCGUCUCUGUGGACUCACACACAUCAGCCAUGUCUCAGUCUGAGCCCUGUGCGACUGUGAGCGACUGGUUGUGUGUUCUUCGUCUAGAACAGUAUUCUGAAGCGUUUCAGAGUGCCGGGCUGGCAACGAUACAAGCGUGUCGUAACCUCACACCAGAUCAGCUGGAACGGAUGGGCAUCACUCUGCCGGGUCACCAGAGACGUAUCCUGGCCAGCCUGAACAAAACACAGGUUAACCGUGAUGCACACACCGCAACACAACCCGAUACGCACUCCCACCUCGACCACACUGAGAGAGCAGACGGAGAUCAGAAAUCGGAGGAGACGGGACAUUCAAAAGGGUUGCAGAGAGACAGACGUGUGCCUAUCCCAAAGGAAAAACGUGUCCUGAAGGAAAGUGAGAAAAGAGAUGGAGAGACACCGAAACCUGUACCCAGAGAAAGAGAAAAACCGGUUCCCAAGGAGAGACAGGUGUCCAAGAUGAAAGAGGAAAGCGGAGAAGGAGAUCAGAAGCCGCUUCCUGAGAAAAUACCAGCAGUACCUAGACGAGAAAAAGCAGAAGAGAGAGAUGGAGGAGAAGAUGGAGACAGGGAGAGGCCUGUGCCUAAAGAGAGGACAAGGUAUCGCGCUAGUGCUCCAGUGGAGUCUCCACCCAUUCCACUUACUUCUCCAACUUCUGACACCUCUUUACCCCCAGUCCCCCCGCGAAGCACCCUGAACUGCCCCCCACAGCGCUUCACCACUGCUCUGAGCCCCACACCUCCUGCUCGAACCCCUCCCUCACCUAAACAGGCCAGGCAUGCAGUUGAAGCCCCUGCUGUACCGAGUAGGUCCGUGUCCCAGACUUCCACCCCCAUCAGCACCCCUGUACAAACCCCAACAGAAGCACCUCUCCAGCCCCCGAACCUCACUUCCUCCCAAACUCGGCCUCAGACAUUAAACAUACAGCCGCCCGCCCGACAUUCGGGUAGCGAUGGAGGUCGAAAAGCUUCACCCGUCUCCCCUAUUGCCUCUCCCAGUGAAGACAUAAAUGCUCCACCUCUCCCUCCUAAAGUAGGGGUGACACCUAAAGGUGCUCCACCGAUCCCACAGAGGUUUCCUGUACAGUCUCCCAGCACUCACAGCCCCCCUUUCACCAAGAAGUCCGCUGAUGAGAUACAGAAGGAACAGACUCCACAGGUCCCACCACGGAUCAGGACACACCAAACUCAAGAAAAAGCACAACAGCCAACUCAACCCAACAGUCAGCCGGCUCUGCCUGCUCGGAGAGUCCCACAACCUCCUCCUGAGACCAAAUCUGAUAGCUCUGAUGAGUACGAGGAUCCAGACUUGUUUUACCCCAAAAUGCCCAAUGCUCAAAUGAACCCACCUGAGAGGGAAAUGUCCUUACAAGUGCCCAGACCAGUGAAGGGGCGGUACAACUCUUUGUGCAGCGAUGAUGAACUACUGGAUGAUGAUGAUUCUACACUAUGGCAGGACGGUGAAGUCGGCAGCACCAAAGGCAGCUUCUACCUGCCGAGCUCUGGCCGACUGUCUUCAGCCUCUAAAGAAGACAGCUCUCAGCUCGCAGCCGUUAUUAAGAUGGGCUGGCUGGACAAGAAUCCACCACAAGGGGCCCUUUAUUAUCAGAGACGAUGGGUAAAGCUAGACGCCGACUACGUGAGAUACUUUGACAAUGACAAGGAAGUGUAUUCUAAGGGGAUAAUCUCAACAGCCUUCAUCACUAAUGUGGUCAGUGUUGGAGAGCUGAAGUUUGAGGUUGUCACAGAAAACCGUACUUUCAUCUUCAGAGCUGAAACUGAAGCUGAGAGGAACGACUGGGUGACGACGCUGCAGGACUGCAGUAGGGGGCGCCAUAGACGCAGCAUCAUGAACCCUGCUUCAUUUCUGACUCCAGAGUAUCAGGGCUAUUUGGAGAUGAGAGGGUUACGCUCCAAACUUUAUACUGUUGUUGCCUUAGAUAAAGUCUUCCUUUACAAAAAUCAGGAGGACUAUCGUAUAGGAGUGGGCAUCACAUCCAUCGAGAUGAAUGUAGGAAACGUUAAAGACACUGAUCGUCGUAGCUUUGACCUCACAACACCUUACCGCAUAUUCAGCUUUAUAGCCGAGUCAGAGCAGUUGAAAGACCAGUGGGUGGACGCCAUGAGGAACGCCAUAGGUGAGGCUCUGUCCAAUAGCGAGGUGGCAGAGAAGAUCUGGGCAGAGCCGACCAAUAGUGUCUGUGCCGACUGUGGAGCCGCCAAGCCGGAGUGGGCCGCCAUCAACUUGUGUGUGGUGGUCUGCAAGCGAUGCGCAGGGGAGCACAGAGGACUGGGUCCGAGCAUAUCUAAGGUUCGUAGUCUGAAGAUGGACAGGAAGGUCUGGACAGAAGAGCUCAUAGAGGUGUUCCUGCAGCUAGGCAACGAACGGGCAAACAGUUUCUGGGCGGCGAACAUCCCACCGAGUGAAGCUCUGACACCGACGAGCUGCAGCGAAGAGAGACGACGCUUCAUCACCAACAAAUACCGGCAGGGCAAAUACAGGAAGUACCACCCGCUGUAUGGAAACCAGGGAGAGCUCAACAAUGCGUUGUGUAUAAAUGUCCAGUGCAGCGACGUGCUUGAGACGUUAAGCCUGAUCUUCUGUGGCGCAGAUGUGAACUGUUCAACUGGUAUGGCCGACUGCCCCUCCCCUCUCUCCCUGGCCAAUACGCACUCACAACGCUUACAGGCUGAGCUACUGAGCCACAACCUCAACACAGAGCUUCCACAGUCAGUAGUGGAUGGGAACAUGGAGACGAAACCUUACUCCCCUCCGCUUUGUGUGUCUCACAAUGGCUUCCUGUUCAAGACCGGAUCCAUGGCUCGAGCUAUCACAGAGCGCAAGUCCAAAGAAGAGUUCAGCCGUCGCUGGUGCACGUUGAACGACGGCACCUUCAGCUACUAUGAGAGCGACAAGAACUCAAACCCCAACGGAGCUCUAAAGGCUUCAGAGAUCGUCUGUUUGGCUGUUGACACGACUGAGAGACAUGGGUACGACCACACCUUUGAACUCUACUCCGAGUCAGAGCGUCUGUAUCUGUUCGGCACUGAUGACCCACAAAGCCACAAGGAAUGGGUCAAGUCCAUCGCCAAGAACUUUAUCCCAGCCAGUGCAGAGCCUUUACUCCGGUUAGGUUUUGAGCGGAUCGGGCGUCUGAAGUGUAAAGACGGCUUGAACCUGCAAACGUCUAAAGUGGGUUGGUUUGCUCUGGUGGGCUCUACGCUUCACGUCUACCUGGAGAAGAGCCAGGGAGAAGAGAUACACCUCCGCAAACUGAACGAACUCUCAAUCCAACAAGACAAUGAGGUGCUGGUUCUGGUGGAGAAAGGCAGGACCCUGUACAUAGAGGGAGAAAGGAAGUUGGAUUUCGCUGGUUGGAGUGCGGCCAUUCAGGCGGCAGCGGAGAGCGGAGGAGACACACUGAGCCAGCAGCAGCUCACAGAGACAGACAUACCGAUCAUAGUACACAGCUGCAUCGGCUACAUCACGCAGUGCGGCUUGACGUCUGAGGGGAUUUAUCGUAAGAGCGGCGUGAACUCCCGCGUGGCAGCGCUGUGCGACAGGUUCCGUCGUGAUGCUCGCAGCCUUCGCCAGGAAGGAGAGCACCAGGUGGACGACGUCUCCAACACACUUAAACGCUUCUUCAGAGAUCUGGAUGAAGGACUGUUCACGUCUGAGGAUGGAAGCACUUGGCUCGGUACUGCCGCCAUUCAGGAUGAAAGCAAGAAAAUCUCUCAGUACCAAGAGCUGCUAAGCAAACUGCCUCAUGUCAACAAGGCUACACUACAAGCCCUUAUCAACCACCUCUACUGUGUGCAGCGUUUCUCCGAGCUGAACCAGAUGAAUCUCCACAACUUGGCCAUAGUGUUCGGUCCAACGCUGUUUCAGAACGAUGGGAAGGACUAUAGCGCCGGCCGCGCUGUAGAGGACCUCAUACAGCACUACACACAAAUCUUUGAGGUCAGAUUAACGUCCUUACUGUUAUGGGCGCUUUUCCCACUACACAGUUCCAGCACGACUUGA